AUGUAUGUAAAAAAAGCAAUGACAAAAUAUUUUCAAUUUGUUAUAUGCCAACAUUCUAAUUUGCAGUGGAAAGAAAUGUUUGUCGUUAAUUUUACAAGUAAAAUUCCUUAUUGUGGAACAAGAUUUGCUCAAUUACGCUCAUUAUCACGAACACAAUUUAAUGCCUCGAUUACACCUCAAUUUAGUGCCUAUGACACAAAAACAUACACCAUUGAUAAGAUAAAUCCUUCUGAGGAAAAAUUUAAUAAGGUUUUAAUUGCAAAUCGUGGUGAGAUUGCCUGUCGUGUAAUGAAAACAUGUAAAGCUAUGGGUAUAAAAACAGUUGCUGUCCAUUCUGAUGUUGAUAGUAAUGCUCUUCAUGUUCUUAUGGCAGAUGAGGCUGUUUGUGUUGGACCAGCACCAACCUCUGAAAGUUACUUAAGAGCUGAUAAAAUUUUAGAAGCUGUUAAAAAAACUGGUGCUGAAGCUGUUCAUCCAGGAUAUGGUUUUCUUUCAGAAAAUACUCAUUUUGCUGCACAAUUAGCUGAACAUGGUGUAAAAUUUGUUGGACCAAAUUCAAAAGCAAUUCUCGAUAUGGGUGACAAAAUUCAUUCUAAAAAAAUUGCUACCAAUGCCAAAGUUAAUAUGAUUCCUGGUUAUGAUGGAGAGAUUGUUGAUGAAAAACAUUGUGUAGAAAUUGCAAAUCAAAUUGGUUAUCCAGUUAUGAUAAAAGCUUCUGCUGGAGGUGGUGGAAAAGGUAUGAGAGUAGCUUGGAAUGAUAAAGAAUGUGUCAGUGGAUACAGAUUAAGUAAACAAGAAGCUAAAUCAAGUUUUGGUGAUGAUCGUAUGCUUGUUGAGAAAUUUAUUGACAAUCCAAGACAUAUUGAAGUUCAACUUCUUUGUGACAAACAUGGAAAUGCUAUCUACUUAAAUGAAAGAGAAUGUAGUAUUCAAAGAAGAAAUCAAAAAGUUAUUGAAGAAGCACCAAGUUCAUUUGUUGAUCCUGAUAUGAGAAAAAGAAUGGGUGAACAAGCUGUUCAGUUGGCUAAAGCUGUUGGUUAUGAUAGUGCUGGAACUGUUGAAUUUCUUGUUGAUUCUCAGAAAAACUUUUAUUUUCUUGAAAUGAAUACAAGAUUACAAGUAGAACAUCCAAUUACUGAACAAAUUACUCAUAUUGAUAUUGUUCAACAAAUGUUAAGAGUUGCCUAUGGGCAUAAAUUAAAUAUUAAACAAAGUGAUGUUGGUAUUCAUGGAUGGGCAUUUGAAAGUAGAGUUUAUGCUGAAGAUCCAUACAAAGGAUUUGGUUUACCAUCUGUUGGUAGAUUAACAAAAUAUGAAGAACCAUCAAGUAGAAUUCAAGGAAUUCGUUGUGAUUCUGGAAUUCGUGAAGGAUCUGAAAUUUCAAUUUAUUAUGAUCCUUUAAUUUGUAAAUUAGUUUCUUAUGGAAAAGAUAGAAAUGAAGCUUUGGAUAGAAUGAGAGAAGCAUUAGACAAUUAUGUUAUUCGUGGAUUAACUCAUAACAUUUCUCUUCAUCGUGAUAUUAUUGAUGAAGAAAAUUUCCGUAAAGGAAAAAUUACCACUAAAUAUCUUGAACAAACUUAUCCAGAAGGAUUUAAAGGUACACAAUUAAAUAGUAAAGAAGAAUCACAUCUUGCCGCAUUAUCUGGUUUGUUAUUUGCAAAGAAAGAUGCUCGUGCUCAACAAUUUACAAAUUACAAAGUCUUGAAAAAUCCAUACACGAAGACGUACAGAUACAUUGUCCACCAUGGUGAGAAGGGAGAACCAAACUUCAAAGAAUUUGAGGUUGUUAUUGACUUUGAUAAUGGUGAUUCAAAUAAAGCUGUUGCUAAAGUUAAUGGUGAAGCAAUUAAUGUUGCUGGAAAUACUGAUUUAUCACAAUCUGUUUUACGUCUUAAAGUUGGAGAUGAAUUAAUAACUACUCAAAUUCAUUCAAAAAAACCAGGAAAUAUUUGUUUAAUUUAUAAAGGUUCACCAUUUAAAAUGAAUAUUUAUCCAACUGUUGUAUCAGAGUAUCUUCAAUAUAUUAAAGAAAGACCAAAGCUAGAUUUAAGCUCAGUUGUUUUAGCUCCAAUGCCAGGAGCCAUUAAAGAUGUUAAAGUCAAGGAAGGUGACAUGGUCGUUGAAGGACAGGAACUUGUUGUUAUUGAAGCAAUGAAAAUGCAGAACAGUUUACUUGCAGGAAAGACGGGUAAAGUAAAGAGUGUCAAUUGUAAAGUUGGUAGCACCGUCGAUGAAGGAGAGACCUUGGUAACACUAGAAUAG